UGGUGAGUCACUCCCUGCCCCUCAAACUCAGUCUGGAGUCUCUCCUUGCAUGAGAUAUGUAGAUAAGCAAACGGCUGACAUUUCUCUCUCUUUCUUCUUCGUCCACCAGCUUUUUUCUUUUUACCCAUCCUUUUCAUAACCAUGUUGUCAGCACGGAACAUCCAGCGCCUCGCCCGCCGUUUCAGCACCGACGCCAAGCAGUUCCCGGCAAACAAGCAGCGGUUCAUCCCCAGCACGGGCACCUACCCCAAGGGCUUCUUCGCCGGCGGAUCGCACUGCGGCGUCAAGAAGGCGGGCAAGCCCGACCUGGCCAUGCUUCUAUCUGACCGGCCGACCAUAGCCUCGGCGGUGUUCACGACCAACCAGUUCAGCGCGGCGCCGGUGCAAUACGACCGCGGGCUCCUGAACUCCACGCGCCAAGCGGGGAGCGCGGACGUGCGCGUGGUGGUGGUGAACUCGGGCUGCGCCAAUGCGGUGACGGGCAAGCAGGGCCUGAAGGACGCGCUGGCCAUGGCGGAGGCCGGCGGCGAGCGCGCCAGGCAGAUGGACGGGCAGGCAGCGAAGGCACUGGUAAUGUCGACGGGCGUGAUCGGGCAGCAGCUGCCGAUUGACAAGAUCUGCCAGGGCAUCUCGCGGCAAGAGCUGGGCAGCUCGCAUGAUGACUGGAUGAAGGCGGCGGUGGCGCAUAUGACUACGGAUACGUUCCCGAAGCUGCUGUCGCGCACGCACGGCAAUAUCCGCAUGGCCGGGAUCACCAAGGGCGCGGGCAUGAUCCACCCGAACAUGGCCACAUUGCUGGGCACCGUGUGCACGGAUGCGGCGGUGACGCAGCCACUGCUGGACAAGGCGUUGGCGUAUGCAGUGGCCAGGUCCUUCAACGCCAUCUCCAUCGACGGCGACACUAGCACCAAUGACACCAUUGCGGUUCUGGCCAAUGGCGCCAGCAACAGCGAGCUGAUCUCGGACGCAGACUCGAAGGAGUUCAUCGAGUUCCAGCAGCAGCUGGCCGAGUUCAUGGCCGAGCUGGCGCCUCUGGUGGUCAGGGACGGCGAGGGCGCGACCAAGUUCAUCACCGUCGAGGUUAAUGGCGCACGGACCUUUGGCGAUGCCAAGCAGGUGGCAGCGGCUAUUGCGACCUCGGCGCUGGUGAAGACUGCGUUCUACGGGCAGGACGCCAACUGGGGCAGAAUUCUGUGCGCAGUUGGCUACGCUGGGGUGCCGCUGGAUACCACGCAGGUGGAUAUGCGGAUCGUGCCUGGCGACGGCUCCACCCCGCUGGAGCUGGUGAAAGCGGGCGAGCCGCAGCUGCCGGUGGAUGAAGGCAGGGCGGCCGAGAUCCUGAAGCUCGAGGACGUCAAGGUGCAGGUGGAGCUGAAUCUGGGCAGCGAGAUGGCGAGAAUGUACACGUGCGACCUGAGCCACGACUACGUGUCGAUUAACGCCGACUACCGGUCGUGAGAAGGGAUUGCAGCGGCUGCCCGGGCCCUCUCGAUGAAGGCGGUAA